AUGAUCAAUACAUCAGCGAUAAAGGAAACUCUCAGUAACCUCACUGACUUGUUUCAUACUGAAGACACUAAUUCUCACAAACAUCUUGAAAUAAUCAUCAUUGUGAUUUUGGCAGGAUCGUUAAUUUCUGUAACAGUUAUCGGAAACAUGCUGGUCAUUAUUUCUAUCGCAUUCAACAGACAUUUGCAGACUAUUAACAACUAUUUUAUUUUAAGUUUAGCCUUCUCUGAUUUGAUUGUUGCUGUAAUAUGCAUGAGUCUAUACACUGUUUACAAUGCAUUUGGCUACUGGCCAAUGAGCCCAAUUGUAUGUGAUUUGUGGCUUGCCUUAGACCAUGUUCUUAAUAAUGCAUCAUCUAUGAACCUCGUUGUCAUGAGCUUUGACCGCUACUUCUGUGUCACAAAGCCCUUGAGCUAUCCUAUGAAAAGGACACCUCAGAAGGCAAUGAUGAUGAUCGCCACCGCUUGGGUGCUGCCAUUCAUCCUGUGGGCUCCUUCCAUUCUCUUAUGGCAUGUCAUUGUUGGGGAGCGGACAGUUCAUGAAGGUCAAUGUUACAUUCAAUUCCUUUCAAACCCAGUUAUCACUCUGGCUGUUCUUAUAGUGGCUUUCUAUCUCCCUGCUGUCAUCAUGAUUGUCUUGUAUGUGUGCAUAUCCUAUGCCAGUAAGAGUCGAAUAAAGGAUAACAAGGAAUACUCUGAAUCGUGCAAGGACACAUUACCUCCCAACUGCUUUCAGAAAAAGCCAACAAAACUAAUGAACAGCAUUGUAACAAAUGUCUCCCAAUGGUUGGUGCAUAUUAAAAUUCUGAAGAGCAAACUACCCAAUGAAACAACAACAAACACUUUUGUCCAAAGAGAGGUGAAUGUCGUUUCCAAUGAGAGAAAAUCAGUUAGUUCUGUGGCGUCAAGCCAAUUGAAGGAGGAAACAAUCCAAGAAAGCACAAAUAUUUCUACCAGAAAGAGUCACUUGCAGGCAGCCAAUGCCAACCUCUCUUGUGUAAUGAUACUGAGCCAAUCACACACUUCUAACGACUGCUACAGCACAGCAGAAACAGUGUCAGAUUUCACCAACAAGAACACGAAUGAGAGAGGUAGCAAAGAGGGCCAUCCCACCAUGAAUCCAUGCAAGACGCAUACUAAAAUAACAAAAGUAGGUGUAUCCCGAGAGAAGAAAGUGACAAGGACCGUCAUGGCUAUUGUGUUAGCAUUUCUUAUCACGUGGACCCCAUAUGUUUCCAUUCUGCUCGUUGACACAUUCUUUUCAGUCUCUAUCCCCAGUAUAGUCUGGAACCUAGGAUAUUGGUUGUGUUACACCAAUAGUGCCAUCAACCCGGUCUGCUAUGCACUUUGUAAUAAUACAUUCAAAAAAACCUUCAAAUAUCUUCUGUUAUGUCAAUACAAGAAUUUUGUUGCAGCAAGAUGA